AUGGGUCGUGUAAGGAAAGACAGUGUUCAUGACUCUUCCUUUGCGAACAACAAACCCGCAAAAUUGUCGACGAAGAAACUAACAACUAAUAACCUUUGUACGAAAUGUAAAAAAGAAGAAAACAAAAUUGGCACUUGCACAAUUUACAAACCUACCUUCGUUCUCACUCCUGAACUCCAAAAAAUUUCUAACGUCCAAAUUAUUACGUUUGCUUAUUUCAUACAGGCGUUGAUGGACGGUGGAUACAAUGCGACAGUUGUUCAAAGUGAAUUAGACAUACUAGAACAUUCGUCUAGCGAAAAAGAAUAUACCCCAAAUAGAAAACUCUCAAUUUCCUCUGCGUCUUCUUCACGCAGUAGUGGUUCUACGUCACACAAAAAAUUAAAAAGUAAUAAUGGAAUGUCACAUAUACCGUCUCCAGAACCAUAUAUUUUGGAGAACGGUACAAAUCCAACGACAGAAGCGGAACAUGACAACAAUAACCAUAGUCCGCAUGGUGUUCAAGGUUCACAAACUCAAUCAAAACCAACUUGCAAAUUACAAAAGAUUACUUCACCAACAAAGCGUUCCAAUAGUCAAGGUAACGAUGAGGUUGAGCGUCAAGAAACGGUAUCAAUCACAACUUCUACCGUGAGUGUUUCGGAAACAACAUACUUUCAUCCUUAUACCUUUCCUAAUCCUAUUUCAUAUAACCGAGCACUUCUUCGGGUAGCUCAAAUUCGUGAGUUUAUCUUGACUCAUUGUCCUGCAGCGACAAGAAUGGAAAGUGUUGAUGGAGCGGAAAAUAGCAACAACCGGCCCGUAUCAUUAAAGUUAGCUGAGGAGCUAUGGAAGAAAAUGGAAAGGUUGGAGAAAACACACGAUAGACGAAAAUAUAACAAACAAUGA